UUCUUCUUCUUCCCCAUCAUUUAUUUUCUCGGGCCUCAUAUGUCUGCUCUUCACGAGCUCAGGGUCGCCUUCUUCACUUGUCAGACCAAUUCCGAGAUCGCGGGCUCCUGGUCAUGUCAUGGCUUGGUCGUCUUGUCUAAUUCUAGAGGGCGUUUCUCAUAGUUUCGGAUUUUCGGUGUUUGUGCUUUGGUUUCGGUAACACGAGAACCUGACAAUAGGUGCGAAGCUGCAGUGAAAAUGAUUGCUUGGUGUUGCUCUUGAGGGGAGGGAGCGAGUCUGUCUUUUGAACCGGGCAGGGAGAGUUUUUUAGUUAUAACCGGCUUUCACUAAGUUUGAGACUAGGCGCCAAAUCACUGCCAUGGCUAGCAGUAAUCCACCACCAGACAACGGUGAGGAUCCUGUUGGUUCAAGAAAUCUACCUGUGAGGCCGGUGCUUGACCUUCGCGGGGCUGCCAUUCAGGGUUCCCACGAGGACAGGAAUCCUAGCAUUCUGCUUCCAAAUCAAACCGAGGAGAUUUCGCAUUUUGCGGUUGAUUUGGGGGGAUCUUUGAUCAAAGUUGUGUAUUUCUCCCGUCGCGCAGAUCGAGAGGCAACGAAUUCUGGGAACAGGGCACUGUCGCCCAUUAGGAAAUUGGAUCACUUGAAGAGGGGCGGGUUUGAGGCCGGGUUGCGACGGUAUGGGGGUUUUCCGAUCCUUGGAGGGAGGUUACAUUUUGUGAAAUUUGAGACUAGUAAGGUAAACGAUUGUUUGGACUUCAUUCUUUCGAAGCAGCUUCAUUUGUGUGAUAAGAGGGAUGCAAAAGGUGGUGUUAUCAAGGCUACAGGAGGCGGAGCGUUUAAGUUUGCGGACGUAUUUAAGGAGCGGCUAGGGGUUACCAUCGACAAGGAGGAUGAGAUGGGAUGCUUGGUAGCAGGUGCAAAUUUUUUGUUGCGGGCGAUAAGGGACGAGGCUUUUACUCACCUCGAAGGGGAAAAGAAGUUUGUACAAAUUGAUCAUAAUGAUUUGUAUCCAUACUUGUUGGUGAAUAUUGGGUCUGGCGUGAGUAUGAUCAAAGUGGAUGGUGACGGGCAGUACGAAAGGGUCAGUGGAACGAACGUCGGUGGUGGUACAUUUUGGGGUCUUGGUCGGUUGCUUACUAAGUGCAAGAACUUUGACGAGAUUUUGGAACUCAGCCAGGGUGGUGACAACAGCGCAAUUGACAUGCUGGUUGGGGAUAUUUACGGUGGCCUUGAUUACUCGAAGAUUGGCUUGUCAGCGUCCACUAUAGCAUCAAGUUUUGGGAAGGUGAUUGCCCAAGACAAAGACUUAUCUGAAUAUAGGAGGGAGGAUAUUGCGCUAUCGCUUCUGCGGAUGAUUUCAUACAACAUUGGGCAGGUUGCAUACUUGAAUGCUCUGCGGUAUGGAUUGAAGCGCAUCUUUUUCGGUGGCUUCUUCAUCAGAGGACACGCAUAUACGAUGGAUACCAUGUCAUUUGCUAUACGAUAUUGGUCCAAAGGCGAAGCUCAAGCCAUGUUUCUGCGACAUGAGGGCUUUUUAGGCGCACUUGGGGCGUUUCUGAGUUAUGACAAGCACGGAUUAUCUAAUCUAACUGCUCACCAGUGUGUUGAAAGGUUUCCGAUGGGAGCUCCAUAUGCAAAAGGGGAGAUUUAUGGACCUCCAAUUCGUGAUCUCAAUGGAAAAAUCACGUGGAUGGACAAGUUUGUAAGUAAAGGGAAUGAAAUUACUGCUCCGGUCCCAACAACAUUCCCCGGAACGACGGGACUUGGAGGAUUUGAGCGACCUCUUGCGGCUCUUGGGCGUUCAGUCUCCCUUCGUUCAGAUGCAAGCGCGGCUCUGAAUGUUGGAGUCCUUCAUCUUGUACCAUCUCUUGAGCCUUUUCCUCUUCUAGCUGAUAUCCAGAGCUAUGAACCGAAUACCAUUGAUUUAAGUGAUCAGUCAGAGCGUGAGUAUUGGCUUAAGGUUCUUGCCAGCAAUCUUCCUGAUCUUGUCGAGAAGGCUGUGGCAAGCGAAGGUGGCACUUCGGAUGCAAAAAGGCGAGGCGAUGCCUUUGCUCGUGCGUUUAAGGCUCAUUUAGCCAGGUUGCGGGAAGAACCAGCAGCGUAUGGACAACUAGGGUUAGCCAAUCUCUUAGAGAUGCGAGAAGAAUGUCUACGCGAAUUUCAUUUCGAAGACGUCUAUUUGGCCAUCAAACAACGAGAAAACGAAGCUUCAAUGGUCGUGCUACCAGAUCUGUUAGCGGAGCUUGAUAGUCUUGCACCCUCUGCAAGGCUUCUAGCGCUGAUUGAAGGCGUUUUAGCUGCAAAUAUUUUCGACUGGGGUUCUCGUGCAUGCGUAGAACUCUAUCGCAGCGGGACUAUUCUUGAAAUAUAUAGAAUGAGCCGAAAUAAGAUGAAAAGGCCAUGGCGAGUGGAUGAUUUUGAUUCUUUUAGUCGAAGGAUGAUUGUUGACAAUGAUACAGGAGUCCCACUGAAACCCCAUAAACGUGCACUCUUGUUUGUUGACAACUCAGGAGCCGAUAUUGUCCUUGGGAUGAUUCCAUUAGCCCGGGAGCUUCUCAGGAGAGGGACGGAGGUUGUGCUGGUGGCAAAUUCUCUUCCUGCAAUCAAUGAUGUUACAGCCGUUGAGCUGCCGAGCAUUGUGGUAGCUGCAGCUAAGCACUGUGAAAUCUUACGAAGAGCUGCUACUGCUGGUGGGCUUCUAGUGGACGUGCUUGAUGACGGUUUGACAGAGAAGGAUCUGGCUGCAGUUCCCUUUUUAACUGUGGUCGAAAAUGGCUGUGGUAGCCCGUGCAUUGAUUUUCGACAGGUCAGCUCAGAGCUGGCUUCCUUGGCCGAGGACACGGACCUGGUUGUGUUGGAGGGUAUGGGUCGUGCACUACAUACGAAUUUUAAUGCCAAGUUUAAGUGUGAUGUUUUGAAGCUGGCGAUGGUUAAGAACCAACGGUUGGCACAGCAAAUCAUCAGCGGUUCCAUCUAUGAUUGUGUAUGCAGAUUUGAGCCUAAAGAGCGUUUUUAAAUUAUGGCUAGGCUAAUAUUGACACAGCCUCCCGUUCUUUCCUUAAGUAUGUCAAUGCUUAUUGAGGCGCCGAGAAAGUGCCUAAUAAUCUGCAAUAGGACUUUGUGUUGGUUUGCUCCGAUUAGCAGCUGGCAGGUGGUUGAUGAUUCUGUACAAAAGCAAACUGAACUAAUCUUUGAUUGAUUAUAUUUGCUGUAGCGUGGCUUGUGAUACAUUCUUGAUAGCGGCCAGCCUUUAUUUAGUCGGUGAUGGAACAUCAGCGCAUAUUCCAUGCCGUGAUUUUAAACUACCACUUCCGAGCAAAGCCACGCGUAUAUAAAAAAUAUGUUUCCUAAUUCAAGGAAAGCGAUUUUGGCCUAAAAUAGUUUUUGGAUCUAAUUCUCGAGUUUAA